CGGGCGAUCGUCGACAACGGUCCAAAAUUCGAAUGCUUUUCCCACCGGGCGCCCUUUUGACGGCGCCAGUCUCAUUAGAGAAGAUCGUCAUUUUYUUCGAUCGUCGUCACUCCUCGCACAUUGGAGCACAAAACUUUCACCGAUCUUUCUUGUGUCGAMGGGCUUGUUCGUUGAACGGUCGACSGCCGACGUCACAAUGCAGCCCUUCGAACGACCCUUACAUGGCCGACGGGCUGCACAGGCUGCCUCUGCUGGUCCUGGUCACCGUSCUGCUUCUCGUCGUUGUCUUCUUCCACGUGUGUUUCGUCGGCCUCGUCCCGAUCGCGGCACGCAGAAGGAGAUCUUYGAAGAAAGCYGACAGGAUGGAUCGACAAGUGGCCAACGGCAGACCGACAGGCACAACCUCCGGAGGGAGCAAUCGGCAACACAGUGCGGGGUAUGUGGCGAAGCGGCCGUACGACCCGAGGUCGUAUGCACACCUGCCUUCUCACGAGAUUCCUCUGCCGUCGUCGGAUGACGAGGGAGGAGACGCCAGGUCGUUGACUUUGCCGUUGGGAAGUGGGUCGACGCAGGAAUGGGCGGCGACGCAGUCGUGUGGACGCGGGAGGGUGGAGACCCCGUGGUCUUACACGUCACUGUUGAACGAGGGGCUGUGCGACGACGACGACAAUGCAGCGGUUGAUCUCAGCUUCCAGUUGUCCAGCAGCAGCGGAGAGGCGGUAACGCACACUCGGAUCAUCAAUCCCCACCYGGGUGUGGAUUGCGCGGACAACACGCACGGUGGUGUGUGCGGGCCGCGAGACGGCGGUCUGCCUCAAUCGCUUCGUGAACGUGGUGGUGAUCGGAAUGAGUCGACGUCGACCGUCGGCGGAGGAGUCGGUGCUCAUGAACGUCCGGAGUGGAUGCGGUUGUCACCUGCGUUGCGAAGCGGAUCCGGCGCUCCUUCUGCACGACAGCGGCCGAAGCAUUUGCGUCAGGAAGGUGCGGACGUACAGCGCGACGGCAAGCAGCUGUGGGCAGAGUGCAGGCAGGCCUUGCAUCAACGUGGAACGGAGACAAUCACAAGAGGGGUGCAACGACUCCACCUGGACGAAGGGGACGAAGCUGCUGCUGAGGAUGCCCAGGGGGCGCUGGGGAGGAAGGCGACGAAGGACGGAGCGACUGCGAGGAAGGGUCACGCUGCAAAAAGUCGAUGGAGCAAGAAAAUGGAUGACGACACGGGCCGGAGCGAUGGCGAGGGCGGCCGGAAUUUCUGGUCGGUGGGAGACACGAUCGCACUCGUGAGGGCAAGAAGGGACCAAGAUCUGUAUUUCGUGGGCAUGGGCACUAGUUUCGCCCGCAUGAAAACGAGGGAGUGGAUGUGGGAGGAGGUGAGGGUGAGGUUGCAGUCGAUGGGCGUGACGAGGGAUGUUGUCGACUGCGGGAAGAAAUGGGACAACUUGAUGCAGCAAUUCAAGAAGGUUCACAAGUUGCAGAACCUCUCCGACGGGAAAGACUACUUCAAACUUGCAUCGAAGGACAGGCGGUCAGAGGGCUUCAGCUUCGUCAUGGACCGGAGCGUGUACGGCGAAAUGGAGGCCAUGACGAAGGGGGAUCACACGAUCCACUCGAAAAAUUUGGCGGACACGGGGGCGACCGGUGGGGUUCAGAUGCCGGCAGGCGCGGGGGCUGCAGGGGACACCAUGGCCACUGAGGGUGGAGGGGACGCAACCGAUGAGGAGCAGGGGUCGACGAAAGACUCCACAUUCAGCGCGGGRAGCGGCGGCGGUUAUGGGAAGAGGAAGAACAUGCGGCAACAAACCUUUGAGGCCGUCGCCGACGUUAUGGAAAAGCAUGGUGCGCUUAUGGCGAGCACAAUGGACAGCGCAAGCAAGCGGCAAUGCUCGAUGAUGUCACCGGAAUGCAAACGCCCCCCGUGCCCAGGAGUGUCGUCAUGCCGAAAAUUCCCGAAAUCAUCGACGACCCUCACAAGGAUUGUGGAUCCCGCACAACUGCAGCAGGCGAUCGCCCGCGCGACGGCAGCGGAGAAUAUCGCUCUGCGCGUCUUAUAUGGAUGGGUCUUCAAGUCCGAGAACCGCCCCCGAGGAUUCAAUGCCGCUUUCCAGUACGCGUUGGAGUCGAUGGCGACGAACAUUGCGCGCGUCAUGUGGAACGGCGAGGAGUGGAGUAACGUCGUUAGCGCGCCCAUUUGCGCGCACACAAUCGACCUGAAUAUGGACUUGCCAUUGUGGUUUGCGGGCACGAACAUCAAAGAUAGGCCGGAGGACGAUGACAUGGCGGCACACCAGGAGUCUACCGUCGUAUGCAUCACGCAUGCGUUUCGCGCCGCGGUGCAAAUGGGUGGCAUCGUCGACGACAGUUUCAUCUCGCACGAGCGUCUGUGUAGAAUUGCGGAUUGCUUCAGGUUGUUGUUGGCUGCUUGCAUGUGGUUGAUGCGCGUGGUGGGAGACGAUGUGCGCGGCCACUACGAAGCCUUUUACUUCGCAAAGCUGGUGGCGAAGCCCAUGCUCGUCGCGUCCAUGCAUCGCGUUUUCGAUCAUCGGCGGUCCAUCAUCCGAGCCACGAACGCCGUCACGGAGAGACUGGGGAAGGUGAACGCAACACUCGGAGAGUACCCGAAGUCCAUCCUCGAAAGGGCUUCCUGCGGCAUCGUCUUUGGGCAAGAUGCGAGCAUAACGGGGCCAGAGGAUGCGAAGAGGAGGGAUUGGUUGGGUUCCGGCCCCUUGGAGGACGGCGACGACGACGAUGGAAAAGAGGACGCGUAGGGGGGCGGUCGGGAGGGAGAGGGUGUCGCCUGUGCUUACACGUGCAGCGCGAAAGAGGGUGCGCGAACGGGGCUCUUUUUCCGGCAAGGGUAAGGGAAGCGGAGAGGGGGCAGGCCGAGACCGCGUCGAAGACGAAGUUCUGGUGGUGCCACGUAACGAUGACGGAUUGUUGAUGGCCUCCUCCUUCGUUCAGCAUGUGUGCACCGUCUCGCUCGUACAUGCAGGCGCUCGACUUUUUCGGUCGUGCACUUCGGUUGGGUGCGUGAUGCAACUGCGCUC